AUGGCGAUGGAGCCGAACAUGGCGCGGCGCCUGUGGCACGUGGUGCGCGCCGUGCUGUUCAUGCUCCGCAAGGGCAUGCCGAAGCGCAAGCUGGCCAUGGGCCUGCACCUCCUCGUCCACCGCGGCAAGAUCGCCGGCAAGGCCCUCGGCAACCUCAUGACCGCGCACGGGCACAACAGCCACCACGACAACAAGGCCGCCGCCGCGGCUGACGCAGCGGCGCCGCCUCCGCAGCAGUUCUCGUGCGGCCGCGGCCGCAGCCGUCGCGCCCUCGACCCGUCCCUCGCCGUCUACGACCCGCGCGGCACGCGCGAGGUGGAGUUCAGUUGCAGCAACACCCCCUCGUACCCGUCCCUCCACCUCAACCUCAUCCCCACCGGCAAGCGCCGCCGCCGCAACAACAACAGCCGCCGCGGCACGCACCUAGGCGCGAACGGCGCCGAGCCCGGCUGGUACAACUACGACGCGGCCGACAUUGCCAGGGUCUUCGAGAUCCUCAACAACAACGACAAGCUGCUCAGCGGCGGCGGCGGCGGCGGCGACGACGUCACCAGCUCGGACCAACAACCGUCUCCCCUCGCGCUGAUCGCGACGCCGUCGCCGGCGCUGUGGGCGAGCUUUGGCCGCACGCCCAAGCACCCGAGGCAGCUCAGGAUCACCGACUCGCCGUUCCCGCUGAGGAACGACGCGGACGGUGGCCAGGUGGACCUGGACGCCGAGGAGUUCAUCAAGAAGUUCUACGAGCAGCUGCGCACGCAGCAGAGCCUCGCCACCGCCACGCCGGACUACUACGGCGGCGGGUAUGCGCCACCGGUCUCUGGCAUCGCCUAG